CCGUGGGCGGAGCGGGCGCCCGGGCGCGUGCGCACUGCCUGCGUUUCCCGGCGUGCUGCGUCACGGUCGCUAAGAUGGCGGCAGCGGCGAACGGAGCCGCCGGGGCGAGCGGGGCUGGGGGUCCCGGGGCGGUGCUGCAGGCAGCCGCCGGCAUGUAUGAGCAGCUCAAGGGCGAGUGGAACCGCAAGAGCCCCAACCUGAGCAAGUGCGGCGAGGAGCUGGGCCGCCUCAAGUUGGUGUUGUUGGAGCUCAACUUCCUGCCUACCACGGGCACAAAACUGACCAAACAGCAGCUCAUCCUGGCCCGUGACAUCUUGGAGAUUGGUGCCCAGUGGAGCAUCUUGCGGAAGGACAUACCCUCCUUUGAGCGAUACAUGGCUCAGCUUAAAUGCUAUUACUUUGACUACAAGGAGCAGCUCCCCGAGUCGGCCUACAUGCACCAGCUUCUGGGCCUCAAUCUGCUCUUCCUGCUGUCCCAGAACAGAGUGGCUGAGUUCCAUACCGAGCUGGAGCGACUACCUGCUAAGGACAUCCAAACCAACGUCUACAUCAAGCACCCUGUGUCCUUAGAGCAGUACCUGAUGGAAGGAAGCUACAAUAAAGUGUUCCUGGCCAAGGGAAAUAUCCCUGCUGAGAGCUACACAUUCUUCAUUGACAUUUUGCUGGACACGAUAAGGGAUGAGAUUGCCGGCUGCAUUGAGAAGGCCUAUGAAAAGAUCCUGUUUGCAGAAGCCACGAGAAUCCUUUUCUUCACCACCCCCAAGAAGAUGACUGAAUAUGCCAAAAAGAGAGGAUGGGUCCUGGGCCCCAGCAAUUACUACAGCUUCAAGUGCCAGCAGCAGAAGCCUGAGGAUACAACUAUCCCCUCCACAGAGCUGGCUAAGCAGGUCAUCGAAUAUGCAAGGCAGCUGGAAAUGAUUGUCUGAGGAGGACUGGGGGGGGGGGGGGGAGGCUGAGAGACUUAUUUAAAAGGGAAGAGUAUGGGUCAAUAAAUGACGUAAAAUCAC